AUGCGAGAGGAUGUUCCUCCAGAUGGCGGCUAUGGCUGGAUCGUAACGCUCUGCACAUUCCUCAUCAAUGCCCACACCUGGGGCGUCAACGCAGCGUGGGGAGUAUUCUUGGCCUACUUCCUCACAGCAUCCACGUUCUCGCGAGCCACACACCUCGAAUACGCACUGAUCGGCGGCCUCUCCACCUCCCAAGCUCUGAUGGUUACGCCCGUCGUGGCGCUCCUCAACGAACGCUUCGGCACCCGUAUCACGCUCAUCAUAGGAACACUGCUCGUGUCCACUUCCAUGCUGACAAGCAGUUUCGCGACAGAAGUUUGGCACCUCUUCUUGUCCCAAGGAGCGUGCUUCGGAUGGGGGAUGGGAUGUCUGUACAUCACCGCCGCUGCCAUCCUACCGCAAUGGUUCUCCGCUCGACGGUCCCUCGCCGUGGGCAUUGCAUCUUCAGGUGCGGGAUUUGGAGGAUUGGCGUAUAACCUCGGAGCGGGAGCGGGUUUGGAAACGCUAGGUUGGAGGUGGACGUACAGAAUCCUGGCGAUCAGCACGCUGGCUGUCAAUCUGACGUGUGCGGUGCUACUGAAGGACCGUAAUCGGCUGGUGAGGCCGAGCACGAAGGCUUUCGAUGUGAGGGAGUAUAAGAGGGCCGAGACGUGGUUGCUGAUCACUUGGGGCUGGAUGACGGAGCUGGGCUACAUUGUUCUGCUGUACUCGCUGCCCAAUUAUGCGGCCACCAUUGGACUCACGCCGAAGCAAGGCUCGGUUGUUGGUGCGAUGCUCAAUCUUGGACUGGGACUCGGCCGGCCGUUGGUGGGUUGGAUGUCGGAUAGAUUUGGGCGCAUCAACGUCGCGACCAUCAUGACGGCGAUGUGUGGACUUUUCUGCUUGGCGAUCUGGGUCCCGGCCACUUCGUAUGGAGUUCUUAUCCUGUUUGCUAUCACAGCGGGUACGGCCGUCGGAACAUACUGGGGUACCAUCACUGCCGUGACGGUGGACUGUGUUGGCAUGCAGAGACUGCCCAGCGCUUUUGGCAUGAUCUGUCUGCCGUUAGUGCUGCCAGCGACCUUCGCAGAGGGCAUGGCUCUGGAGCUUGUGGCCGCGAAGGGGUAUCUCAGUGCCCAGAUCUUCACGGGUUGCAUGUUUCUGGCUGGUGCGUUGGCGACGUGGCUAUUGAGAUCGUGGCAGAUCCAUCAGUUGGAGUCGAAGCAGGCUGGCCGUACGCCGUCGAAAGGGUGGCUCACGGUACAUGGCUUGGUGCAACCGAGGAAGGUUUGA